AGAUCGAGAGCCAGGGCAGCAAGGCAAGAGUGUACGGCGAGAUGCUGCACGUGGACAUACCCUUUCCCAUUCCUGAGCCUGAUGGAUGCAAGUCUGGGAUCCAGUGCCCCAUUCAGAAGGGCCAUUCCUACAGCUACCUGAAUAAACUCCCUGUGAAGAGCGAGUACCCCAGUAUUAAACUGAUUGUGAAGUGGGAGCUGGUGGAUGACCAGGACCAGAUGUUGUUCUGCUGGAAGAUACCAGUGCAGAUCACCAGCUGAGGAUCCCUGCCAUUAGCAGGGCUUGGGGAGGGGAAAAACAGAAGAUGACACAGGCCAAAUUCUUUUAUAUUAAUAUAAGCAUUUCUUACUGCUUCCUUCAGAGCUCUGCAGCUUCUGAG